AUGUUCCAAAUAUUCUCUAGAUUUGAUAUUCUCUUCAUCCCCGCAACAACGCGUUUUCCACCCCUAGUAUGCUUGAAUGGUAUGCACAUUCCCAAACUAGGACAGUCAGCACUAAGCCAAGGAAUGACUACUGUGAACCACAACUUAAACUACAGACAUGGUAACAACGAACUGGGAAGUCAAAUUCAAGCAAUUGGUACACUGAAAGAUAUACAUGACUUGGUAGCAAUAACCGGGCAGCAUGCGCCUGCCCCCCCACAGCCGUUAUUGGCCUCCAUAUAG